GUAUCAGGCCCGCUGUCACCAUCACCACAUGACCAUGCUGUUGGCGAUACAAAAAAAUCUUUGCAUACAGACAUUUUGAACCUAAUUGUGAUUCUGCUUGAUCAUCUUCAAGUUCCAAUAAAAAAUGCAUCAGAAGUUAAAGUUUAUAGUCUACAAGUAAUUGAAUAUCGUAUAACAUUAUAUUCGCUCAAUAUAUUAAAUGAUGGUACUUUUCUUACAUCUGAAUUAUAUUCUACCUUGUUGCCAUUUUCAUUUGAUGCAAUAUCUAAAUACAAGGGAAUAUUUUAUCUGAUGACAAUUUUUCAUGAGGAAGUUGCGAGGCAAAUUUCAAUCAUGAAAAAUCUUGAUCUAGCAAUCGAUUAUGAUGGAGGAAAUGGAAAUACGGUUCGAGAUGUGUUGAGAAUUCCUAAAUCUUUGAAGGAUAUACUACCUGAUAUGAGAAAUAAUGACAAAUCCAAUCAUUCUCAGUUUUAUACGUGA